AUUGGAGAAGACAUUGUUCGCAAUGGGAGCUUGUGGGAUGAUGGAGGCGAUAGAAGGAGUUUAGCUGCUCGGUCAAGACUGUCAGCUUUUUUGCUUUUGCUUUUGCUUUCGUCUCCAUCCCACCGCCUUUUCAAAAUCCUCCGUCGAGGUCCUCCGUCAAGGUUACAAAUCCUCCGUCGAGGUCCUCCGUCGAGGUUAACAAAAUCCUCCGUCGAGGUCCUCCGUCGAGGUUACAAAAAUCCUCCGUCGAGGUCCUCCGUCGAGGUUACAAAUCCUCCGUCGAGGUCCUCCGUCGAGGUUAACAUCAAAUCCUCCGUUGAGGUCCUCCGUCGAGGUUCCAAAUCCUCCGUCGAGGUCCUCCAUCGAGGUUACAAAAUCCUCCGUCGAGGUCCUCCGUCGAGGUUACAAAUCCUCCGUCGAGGUCCUCCAUCGAGGUUACAAAAUCCUCCGUCGAGGUCCUCCGUCAACGUCACCACCUAA